GCUAUACAAGUAGCAUGAAGAAUUAUUACUUCGUCGUCUGUUGACCAAUAAUCAACAUAAUGUCUACUGUACAUUCAUCUUUAUUGAAGACAGCGGUACAUGCGCUACUAGUAACGAUAUUAAUUUGGAAAGAGACUCAAGCUCUCACGUAUACGGAAUUCCCUGAAGGAUUUCAAUUUGGAAUCGCUACGUCAUCUUAUCAAAUUGAAGGAGCAUGGAACACUAAUGGUAAAAGUAAUAACAUAUGGGAUGUAUUUACUCAUAACAAUGAAUGGUUAAUAAAGGAUCACAGUAACGGUGACGUUGCAUGUGAUUCUUAUCACAAAUAUAAAGAAGACGUACAGUUAAUCAGCAACAUGGGUGUUAAUUUUUAUCGAUUCUCACUUAGCUGGUCUCGUAUCUUGCCGGACAGUUUUAAAAAUGUUGUAAACAAAGAUGGACUUAAUUACUAUAGAAAUCUUAUUGACGAACUACUGGCAAAGGGUAUUAAGCCUCACGUUACUAUAUUUCAUUGGGAUCUACCGGAAGAUUUAGAAAAAUUAGGUGGUUGGACUAACGAGAUAAUCAUUGAUUAUUUUGUUAACUAUUCAAGAAUUAUUUUCCGAGAGUUUGGGCAGAAAGUUAAACUUUUCUUCACCAUUAAUGAACCAACGGUAAUCUGCUCAGGUUACGGUUUAUCUGAAUUUGCUCCUGGAACUAAUUUAACUGAGAUCGGACCUUAUUUGUGCAUGCAUAAUAUACUAAAAGCUCAUGCCAAGGUAUAUCAUAUGUAUGACAAAGAAUUCAGACCUCAACAAAAUGGAAAAAUUUCCAUCGCCUUAUCAAGUCCUGGAUAUUAUGCCAAAUAUAAAAAUGAUACAAAAGCUGAGGAUGUAGGUUUUCAAUAUUUGUGUGGUUGGUCAGCUCAUCCAAUUUAUUCGAAAACCGGUGAUUAUCCAGAAGUUAUGAAAAUACGUAUAGGAGAGAAUAGUAGGAUUCAAGGAUAUUUGAAAUCAAGAUUGCCAGUAUUCACACAGGAAUGGAUUAAUUAUAUACGCGGAACUUCAGACUUAUUUGCCUUAAAUCACUAUUCAUCUUAUUUCAUCGAAAGUGUCCCGAAGGGACCGGACGAUCUUUGGUACGAAGACAGCGGAAUUAAAUUAAGCUUCGAUCCAAAAUGGCCAUCUACUAACUCAUCAUGGUUGAAGAAAGUAAUCGAUAAAACUUCCUUGGCCAAUCUGGAGAUAAGAGCUAUAGUUCCUGAGGGAUUUAGAAAGAUUAUUAACGUAAUAAAAAAUGAAUAUGACAAUCCACCAAUUCUUAUUACGGAAAAUGGUAUUUCCGACGGCAAUUUAAUGGAUAAAAUAAGAAUCGACUAUAUUUCUAAAUAUCUUAAAUGUAUGUUGCAAGCUAUAUAUAAAGAUGGUUGUAAUGUCAUUGGUUACACAGCUUGGAGUUUAUUAGAUAAUUUUGAAUGGCUGAAUGGAUACACUGAAAAAUUUGGUUUUGUACAAGUUGAUUUCUCGUCUCCCAAUAGAACAAGAAUUCCCAAAAUGUCAUUGGAAUGGUAUAAAAACCUAAUCAAAGAACGAAAAAUAAUUAAUUAUACACUGGAUAUGAAUUAAUUCGAUGUCGUAAUUGUUCUUUAAAAUAAAAUUUAUCUAUGAUAAUCCACAGAAUUCAAAGCAAAUCAAUUUGACAUGAUUUAUUUCUUUUAUUAGGACCUUGAAUAGGUUCUCGCUGUUUUUUUACAAAAUAAAAACUUUAUUUAAAAUA